AUGUCCAACAAUCAAGGCGAAACCCCCUCCGACGAUUUCCUCGAGCAGAUUUUAGGUUAUCAGAACUACGCCGCUGGAGCCGACGCUACUUUGGUCGGAAAUGAAGCUCCUUCUCCCGCGAUGAUGCUGCAACUCGGCUCGGGCGACGCCUCCUCUCAUCUGGUUGGAGUCUUCGGGAUGGGAGUCGGCCUCAGAGUUGAAAUCGGCGGCGGUUACACCGUUGGAGACGGCGGCGGCGGGUUUCCAUUGGGGCUGAGCUUGGAGCAGGGGAAGGGAGAGUACAACGACGCCUCGGGUAGCGGGAAGAGGUUCCACCUUGAUGAUUUUGUUGAUCCCCGCUCUGCUGCCAUCAAAGGGGUUGUUGAAGUUUUAGAGACAUAG